AUGCUGGCUCAGCUUUAUGAAGCUGAGGAGAAAAAUGAGUCUAGUGUUGCCAAGGAACACGCGGUUUUGGCCGAAUUUGCCCGCUGUCUUGACCACAUCCUUGAAUCGGUGGACAAAGUAAGUAGAUCGUAAUUUUCGGAAGUUGUAACCGAGCAUUGGUCUUACUUACAGUCUUGCUAUGAGUAAUGACCGUUUGUAUGAUGCAUCUUUCUGAACUAGUUAUAAGUUAAUUAAUACAGGUCUUUUUCUUAAACUCAAAGGAUGACGUUUCGAAAAGAAGUUUUGCAUCACCGUUUUUAACCGCACAUCACAACUGUCUUGAUUUUAGCUUAUAGCAUUAUAACAUCUUAUUUUUUGCGUUGUAAGUGCAUAUCGCGCUUGAUAUACUUGACUUCGUUGCUAGAUAUGGUUAAGUGAUUCUAACGCGAUGAACGAUUGAUUUCCGUCGAGGCUUAGAUCAGAUUAAGUCAUAGGCACUGUCAAAAGAUUCCUAUGGAACAGAAAGUCUAGGAGACUGAGCGGCGUCGAAAGCUUUGAGGAGUAGUAAGACACACAAAACUUAAACAUACGGACAGAGUUGCCUCUUGCAUAACAUUUAAACACGCUGAGGGCUUUGGCCACAGUGCUUCUUGGACUUUUCGCCUUUGGCCGUUGAAAACUGGCUGCAAAAUAUUUAACAUUUACUGAUCAGCCAUAAAACAUGACUAAAAGUGCUUGACGAGCCGGAGUUGCUUAAAUCAGAAGUAAAUUUUAAAAAUGCUCCGAUCCUUUGAAUGCAUUUUUGGGGACAGAGUUCAACAUCGAUUUGGCGCUGACUGAAUAACGAAAAACAGCUCGCAGGUACUGUUUUUCGAUGUAUGCUAAAUUUAAAGUUUUAAUUUUCCUAUUUUUACUAGUAGCUGGUAAAAAGCAUAUUGCUGUAAAAAGCUCCCAAAAUAAUAAAAUAAUUGCAUUUAGAUCAUCAUAACAGCUGGCUUUAUAUAAUUCGGUUUGCAGCCUAAAAUGCGAGAGAGUUCUGCAAGAUUGCCUCCGGCAAUUACAGGUUUUCAUUGUAGAAUUUGCUUAUAUUUCUGUCUUUCGUUGCUAUUCAUUACUAAAGCAAAGUUUUAUUUUAUGUGCAUCUUCUGCCAGAAUGUGAUUCGUUGCGAAGUGGGAUUUUUAUGCAAAAUCUUUUCUGCAAGGCCUCGACAUGUUCAUCAUUCAUUGAAGAGUAGUUGAACAUGAUAGUUUUGGAGACGCGAUUAUAACAGAACAUCCCUAAGAUUAUCAAAUAAAAUUAUUUUAUAAGUUAUGAUUUCAAAGUGUAGGCUCUUGCUCAUCCUAUUUUUUUAAAUUUUACAGUACCCCAAUUAGUUUUAUGCAUAGGAUGCUCAUUACACUGACGGGAUCGCUAAAAACUUAUUAUUGUAUUGCAUCGUGUCUUCACAACGCUUUUUUAUUUCCGCCUUUAUACACCAAUUUGCAUAGAAUUCUAGGGGCAGAAUGAAGUUGCUUGGAUUAUCUCUUUUUAUAUUUUAUCGGCCACUUUAAAAUUUAAGGUAUUUGCGUUUUUGAAAGAAACUACGUAUUCCACCAGGCCCCGUAGCACAGGCGACUAUGGAUAUUCAGACAGCUUUUUAUAAAAAAAACAAGAAUGGCUGUUAAGAUUUAGGACAAUGAUGUCGGAAAUCCGUUAUAAUAAUCUUUGUCUUACUGGGGUCGAGAAGUUUACAAAAUAUGUGAAAAAUUACAUGAUAUCUAGGCAUUUUGCCCUACACUGUUCUCAGGAGAUUUCUCUUUAAAAUUUUUAUCAUAGAAAUUUCCUUGAGAUAUCGUCGUAUAGUGGCAUUUUGCUGCACUUUUGAAGUAUUUAACUGAUAAGCUAAUGAGCAGGUUUUCAUAUCUUAAUGGAAUUCAUUUUUCUCUCACUUUCUUCACCUCUUCGUGGAAAUUAUUCUCAUUUUUUCACCUUUUUGUUGGAUGAAAUACGAACAUUUCAGCUGCUCUUUGCAGGCGGUCGUACACUCUACGAUUCGAUGAUACAGACUCAUAGCUAGUACUCCGUUAAUAAAAGAUUUGGAUACGGGUCCCCUGUACCGUCAGAAUGGACAUCUUGGUCCCAUUCCCCCCCCCCCCCCAGCAGCAUCUGCCUGUUAAAGCUCUGUGUGGAAUAUAGCUUGCUAUCGUAAAUAGCUACAAUGCUUAGGAGUUCCGAAUGACAGAAUGUGAGAGGUUUACCGUUAUGUAGUCCUACUUAUCUCUAGUGUAUGGUCUGUAAUGGUGACGUUCAGGGUUUUCUAGGGCAGCUUCGAAGUCUUAUUUGCUAAGAUUUUAUGGAAAUUGGUUUAUAUUUUCUAUUAUUCGCGUUCUGGUAACAAAAAUAUUUUGAAAGUAUUUGUGCCCAUUUCUGUUUCUUCCGGCGUUCUCGGUUAUUUCAACAAUAAAUAUGGGCAGAUGACCUAGAUCAUUAGUUUCAGAAUUCAUUUCCACCUUUAUAGAGAUGUUGGAGACGGUCUACAUUACCGAAAUAUGUUAGAUUACAGCCUUCAAAGGAGAAUAAAGAAAAGGAAGCGCUCUAAAAGACAGAGGCCAAAAAUUGUGUUUUCCGAAAACAAAAUUUUUAUGGUCAGACCCGCUGAACAGCACUUUAAAAUACGAAGGAGGUUAAAAUUGAUUGGCAAUAUUUAUUUAAAAUUUCCGCACUUAUUGACGUCAAAGGCUUCCUCAACUACCUUUGGUUAAUUCUUUUUUUCUGAAACACGUUUGAAACAAACGAAAAACAUGCAAGUCCGUAUAUAAGAUUGGGACAAGUUAUCUGAACUUAAGUCUCGAGCAGUUGGUAACUGUUCUGUAAAAAUAUAAAAAGGAGCGUUUAGGAACGAACCCUGUUAUUUGCCAUCCUUUUAAGCCGAUAUGUGACUAAUGCUCAAGAGAUCUUUACAUUAAAUAUCUGCUGCCGUCCAUCAAUUUUUUAAUGCACAUCUAAACAAAGUGGGUUAUAGUCGAGCGUUUGAGUUAUCGAACAUAUUUACGCUUCUCUCAGGGGAUGUGGUAUAAUCUUAGCUAGUACUAGAAACUAGGGUCCUGAGGAACCUGUUGGAUAUUUGAACAUCCUCACUUUGAAUGUAAUCAACACUGAGUGCCUCACAGUGCGCACAUUUUACAGCUCGAAUAUACAGUGCGUGACCGAUCUCAUGAAAUGUUGGCCGAAAUUCUGAACUUCGAUUUCGAUUAGGAAGGGUUACUUAGGCGGGCUUGUAAUAGUGAUUAGCGUGCGGCAUAAUCCUAUAGCAUUUCGGACUCGCCAUGAUGCCGGCUUUUGGAUGCACUCUUUCUUGACCUCCUACAGAAACCGUACACUGUAAAAAAUGACUUUUAAUGUAGCAUUCAUUUUUUCAAUGGAUUUUCGAUGGUCUUAUAAAUUCAAAUAUAUUUUAUAGAAAACGUGCACAAAAUAAUCUUUCUUUUACUCAUUUGACAGAAAAUAACAUUUUCUUUGCAUUUAAAGCACGAAGAAAGUGUAUUUUUAGGUUUCAAAAAAAUUUUCGCAAUUCUCGGAUAUUUUUGGGCCUGAUCUGCAUUGCAUCAGUGCUCAGCGAUUUCAGUCAACAAGGUGCAUGCAUUCCGCGUAAGGAAAAUCAUAUAUUCCUCCAUGCCUUUAGGAAGAUGUCACAUAAGCUUCAUAAAAUUUCUCAACGGAUCCGAACUGUGUUGUAUAUUUCAUGAUGAGCAGUGGUAAACGAACAUGUGCUGUCCUGUAUGCAUAGACAUCGCACGGUCUUAAAAAUCUCACAAUUAGAAGCUUUUUUAAAACCUUAAUACACACUUUCUUCGUGCUUUAACUGCAAAGAAAAUGUUAUUUUCUGCCAAAUGAGUAAAAGAAAGAUUAUUUUGUGCACGUUUUCUAUAAAAUAUAUUUGAAUUUAUAAGACCAUCGAAAAUCCAUUGGAAAAAUGAAUGCUACAUUAAAAGGCAUUCUUUACAGUGUACGGUUUCUGUAGGAGGUCAAGAAAGAGUGCAUCCAAAAGCCGGCAUCAUGGCGAGUCCGAAAUGCUAUAGGAUUAUGCCGCACGCUAAUCACUAUUACAAGCCCACCUAAGUAACCCUUCCUAAUCGAAAACGAAGUUCAGAAUUUCGGUCAACAUUUCAUGAGAUCGGUCACGCACUGUAUGUCUGAUGGAGUUGUUCAAAUUGUCUGCCACGAUGACGGAAGCGUACUGUGUAGGGUUUUCCAUGGAAGGACAUCCUACGGCUUGGUCCUAUGCGAUGUGCACUGGAAUGCUUGUUAACAUGUAUAAUCAACUUAACUUCUGACGCAACACUGUAUGUGCUAUUCUGACUUUCAUAUGGUUGGUGAGCGCAUAACGUUUCUUUUAUGCGGAUACUUUCGACUAACUUCCUGGCACCCUUCGGAUAUGCUCAACCGUUCUAAUUGUCAUUUUUUGUGUCGUAUAAUAUACCUGCUUGUUAAUAAUACUUAUAUUAUUCAUUUAACUUGAUAAGUGUUUGUAAUGUACAUUUUAAUCGAAAGAUACCUUCCCCGUAUUUCUUUAAUAUUUUGAACGGAUUAUGAUAUGAACUGCCUAGAUAUUUCUUUAAAUACAGACACUCCAUGCAACUCUCCCUCCUUUUUUUAAUUACAUUCCGUUCAAACUUUAAGUUGUUGCCGGACCAUAAAUAUUUAAAUUGUUACUCUUCUAUUUACGAUCAUCCGAAAUAUACUGUUGCAGUUGCGAAAUCUCCAGAAGUCCGCCGCUGAGUGCACUAACCUGGAGGAAACUGCCAUCCACCCUCUAGUCCCGAUGGCCAGGCCAGCCCAACCCUUUCCUAUUGCACCUGUUGAAAAUGCCAGUUGCGAUUACAUUUACACUAACCCAGGGCAAGCCUGUGUGAAUGCUACUGGGGACUCUCUUAUGCUGGAACCACAAUUACUUGAGUUCACCUAUAAGUCCGACCCCGCGGUCUCCAAUGAGUUCAUUUACGAUGGAGCAGCAUUUACUGUUAACGAAGAUGUGGUUACUGAGUCGCCUCAGGUUUGCAUGCAACCCGGGGUCUUUGACGAGAAAUGCUUUGGAAUGGUCGGACCCGAUGGCCAAGUUUGUCCAAUGCCCUUCUUCUAUGAUGACGUGAGCGUGGUCCUUGUUUUGCAAGUGCUUUUACACUUAAAGAUUUGCUAAGAAUUAUUAUGUCCGCUGUUCUAAAAAUACGUAUUGUGCCAUACGCAGAGCUACGAUUUUUCCAAAUGACCAGCUUAGCUACUGACUUUAAUAGACAACUCCAGAAUAAGCAAUGCGAAGUAAAAUUUUCUGGCCGCAGUCGUAAACCUUGAUAAAAAGUUUUGGCAUUUUUGGAUGAGACUGAAACCAAGACCCCUCGCUUUGGCAAUAUUUUGAGUUCUACGGCGUAUUUGUUGGUCUUGCGCCUACAAAAGAACGUCAUCCGAACUGACACAUCGCAACAACUUUGCAGACACACAAAAGUCAGAAGUGACCCCCUGUUUGGCGAAUUUAAUUUCUUUUUUAGAUCUGUGCGGCCUGCUUUGCAGCAAAUAUUUUUUUGUUUUUUCAGUACAAAAGCAACACAUUUGUUUAAAUCGUACGGUUGAAGCGGGUCCCAAAGCAUUAUGCCUCAAGCUCAAGUGCAAGCUUUUGGGUACCCGCUCCACCGAGUUAAGGAUUACACGUCUUGUCUUUGUCGUUUAUCUCACGUCAUUUUCGUUCGCAUGUAUAUCUAUUUAUGCCAACGACUGGAUUUUCAAAUGGAUUGUUACGGAACAGAAGUUCCCUGCGUAGUGCUUUUUCCAACCACCACGAAGAAUAUGUUAUGCUUUUAUUCGCUUACUUUGUAAGUUUUCUGCACAACCCGAUUACUUGCAGGAUUCAGUUCCUCGUUUCAUACAACUCCGAACAAUCGUUAAUUUUGUCAUUUACCAAGACGUUUUAGUUUGCUACCAAUUUUUUAGUAUCAGGCGUCUAUAGAAAAGUUUGCAGUAUAAUGCGCUGAUGGAAUUAGUAGAAGGGUGACUGUGUUCGACUCAUUGGCGCAUUCGAAACCCUCUUUCUUAGAAAAAUAAUGUCUUAAAUCUCCCACUUCCAAAAACCGACUCGCCUAAUCACAAGUCACCGUCUCGUAGCACGUUUCGUUCACCGCCUACCACAGCUAUGGCAGAACGUCGGACUGAAGUGCUAGCCGACCAGAUGACCAGAGUUUGAGACUUGAGUUUCCCAGCCUGAGGUUAGGACAGGGCUGGCUGACCAAAGUUAAAAAGUCAGAAAUUAUCAUUCUAGUCUCCUUGGCGAGGGUUCCAGACUGAGUCUCCAGGUCAGAGUUGAAUCGGUCUCAGUUUAAUACGGAAUCGCCUGCAUCCAAUCCUAGAAUAGGGCCGUAUCGGCAAUUCAGUCUCGUGCUAUUUUGGGCAUGUUCUUUGUUACGCUUGUUGGCCUACCUGUUCAGUAUUAACAUAUAUUGGUCGGCGCAUUCAUAUGCUACUUAUUUGGCAUUCCGGACAGAAGGCCAUUGAAAUAUAUAUCUACUCUUAAGUUUUAAGGACUCCAUCUUCCAGUUGCGAGUUUUUUUACGUGCUGUCUUGCCGGACGGGUGAUGUGAAAGUGUUGUGCACUCUAAGGUAGUCCCUUCUUUAUUAUUAAAUUCGUCGCUUGUUGAUGCCGUAGACAAUACUUUAUGUCAUAAGGGCUCCCUCAUUCAAGUACGGCACUAUCAUAUACUUGCGUUGGAUUUGUGCAGAACUGAUCUGUUUUGGUUUUUGGCACUUAUGCAUUUAGGAUGUGAGCGAUGCACCGCAUUGUGAGACUUUCUCGACUGUUAAAUAUACGAAGGUUCAAGUCGCCCUUCUAACCCUUAAAAGCUUUCUUUUAGAUGAAGGUUGUCAACAUCUCAGGUACAGCCCCCGACGGUUUUACGAUGCUUCCUGGCCAAUCAGACGAUAUCAGACCAAUAACCCUGGCGGUAAACGAGCUGACUGAGGGCCUAAAUCCGGUACAGGGUGUGGGUGCAGAUGAUUCAGUCUUUCACUUUCCUCCAUAUACUGUUCUCUCACCAUCAGCAGCACCGCCACAGCCACCACCACCAGCUCUUUUGAUGGCUGCGGCAGAAUCGGUUGCUGGUCUGGAGGACUUCCAGGCCGGCCAUACCCAGGACCCACUCUCUCCUGGGCCGGAGGAUAUGGAGGCCAACCUCGCCGCAGCCGCUCUACGAGCCGAGAAUGACGAGUCCCGGACUGAUGGCUAUCUCACUUAUGACGUCGCUUCUGAUCUCACGAAUCAGUUCUGCUAG